AUGAGUGUUUUAAGCGAUUUGCGUACAAAAUGGUCUUUCCUAAAACCAUACCUUCCGUAUGGGGUCAUAGAGCCAUGGGACGAUUUAAAUCCUCGUCUAUACCACGCUGUGCAUAUUUACUGGCUGAAGUUUUACGGGAUGUGGUACUUUGACUUCGCACCGACCAGCUUUUCUUUUUGGCUGCAUUUGUUAUAUUCGACGGUGGUGUUGUGGCUUGUUUGCUUCUUGCCUUGCAUUGGAGAAGUUUCUUACUUAGUAAGACGAAGCGAAAAUAUUGCUGAUAUCGCAGAGGGGCUGUACUUAUUUCUGAGUGAAAUGUACACGUAUUUUAAACUCGCUGUAUUCUGGCUGAAUAAGGGCAAAAUUUUAAACCUUCUUGAAUUUCUACAUUGCGACGAAUUCAAACCUGAGGAGAAAGAGCACCGAGUGAUUUUGAGAAAAAGUAUUAAAACGGCGCGCUUCGUAAUGACGUACUAUUCUGCUAUGUGUGUCGGCGCAGUCUCGGUUGCAAUAAUUUUGCCGCUCACCGAAAAUUUCGUCAUACUACCUACAAAUGUGGAAUACCCUUAUUUUGAUGUUAACAAAUCGUCGGUCUAUGCCAUUAUCUACUUGCAUCAAAUAUAUUACAAGCCAGCGACCUGUAUUAUAGAUGGAGUAAUGGACACAAUACUUGCUGCAUUCAUCGCUGCCGCUAUUGGUCAAAUAGAAAUUCUAGCAUACAAUCUAAGAAACUUUAAAGUUUUAGCAGAAAGGAAAUUCAAAAGAAAUGAGGUAAAGAAUAUCCAACGUCCUUAUGUCAAACAGGAUGUAAAGUGCAAUCAAUAUCAUUACAUGCAUUUGGUAUUGAAGAGAAAUAUCAUUCACUACAAUGCUAUCAUACAAUACGUGUCUAUGAUGGAGAGUGCGUUUAGUUUAGCCUCAGCCCUACAAUUCAUGCUAAGCGUUAUGGUUCUCUGUUUAGUGGGAAUACAAUUUCUAUCCAUUGAAAAUCCCAGUAGUCACCCUAUGCAAAUCGUAUGGAUGGCCAUUUAUUUGACGUGUAUGCUGAUAGAGGUAUUCAUAUUGUGCUGGUUCGGCAACGAACUUAUAUUGAAGAGCCUCGAGCUACGGCAGGCUGCGUUCGACGGACCGUGGCUUGAAACUGACCCGAAGACGACGAUGUUCAUCGUAAUACUGUUGGAACGUUGCAAACGACCCCUGAGGGUCACUGCGGGGAAAAUAUUUACGUUAUCCCUGAACACGUAUACUUAUCUCAUAAACUGGUCGUACAAAGCAUUUGCAGUGAUGAGAAAUACGAAAAAAUAA